UUUUGCUCUUAACAAACACUCCGCUCUCUCUUUUCAUUUUUUUCUCUCUCGAAGAAGCAGUAGCACUUUUUUUUCCCUGUGCCGUGAAAAUGGCUAUUCUGAAGAUGGUGAUCGUCGCAGUGGUUGUCAUGGAAGCAACCCUCGGAGGGAAAAAGGCUGGAGCACAAGUGCACCAUGUAGUCGGAGGUGAUCAAGGGUGGGACCCUUCCUCCGACGUGGCAUCUUGGUCCUCCGGUAGGAGCUUCAGUGUUGGAGACAAAAUCUGGUUCGCCUACUCUGCAGCGGAGGAGAGUAUUGCCGAGCUAAAUAGCAAGGAAGAAUAUGAGUCGUGCGAUGUGAGCAACCCCCUAAGAAUGUACACGGACGGCUUAAAUGGCAUCCCAUUGGAUGGGGAAGGGAUCCGCUAUUUCGUAAGCAGCAAAGCUGAGAGCUGCAAGAACGGUCUAAAGCUACACGUAGAGGUGGGGCCUUUAGGGAACACCGACGCUAAAAUGCCCAAAGUCGCAGUGGCUGCCGCCGCGCCGCCCACAACCCCUUCCGGAUCAGUCCGGCUUCAUGGGAGCUCUGUGUUAUUAUUGGUCGGGCUUUGGCUUUGCGUUCGCUAUAUGGCUAUUUAAUUGUUGCGAGUUGUGACCCGUCUGUCUGCACUAUUUAACUUCUUAGGCUAGAGUUUAUUAUAUGAAAAUCUACUUUAGUUUUCAAAUUAUGUAUUCGAUAUACUUGCGACAUGGCCCUGUAAAACUUAAAGAACA